CUGCAGCAGCAGCUACUUGGUUCCGCCGUGCGAUAGGCUUUCAGGGCCUCCCGCGACUGUCACGAAGGCUCCCCAGCACGGGUGGGAGAAAGAGGCCGCGCUCGCUGUGUUGGUCGUCGCGGCCAGCGGGAAGCCAGCGCGUUCUCGGAAGCCUAGGAGUCCGACUUACCAGGGCCAUGGCAGUCCCAGGUUGCAACAAGGACAGUGUCCGAGCAGGCUGUAAAAAAUGUGGCUACCCUGGUCACCUGACUUUUGAAUGCCGCAAUUUUCUCCGAGUGGACCCCAAAAGGGAUAUAGUCUUGGAUGUCAGCAGCACCAGCAGUGAAGAGAGUGAUGAGGAAAACGAAGAACUGAAUAAAUUACAGGCACUGCAAGAAAAAAGAGUAAAUGAAGAAGAGGAGAAGAAAAAAGCAAAAAGCAAAGAGAAAAUCAAGUUGAAAAAAAAAAGGAAAAGGUCUUACUCAUCCAGUUCCACUGAAGAGGACACUUCAAAACAAAAGAAACAAAAAUAUCAGAAGAAAGAAAAGAAAAAAGAGAAGAAGAAUAAGUCAAAAAAGGGGAAACAUCACAAAAAGGACAAAAAGAAGAGAAAAAAGGAAAAGCAUUCUUCUGCCCCUAAUAGUUCUGAAAUCUCCAAAAAGUAACUGAGACUUUGGCCUAAGCCAUUACAUUUAAAAAUUUGGUUUCAAAAAUUAUUUUACCUUCCUUGAAAUUUGCUAUAUAAUUAUGCUUUGCAAUAAAUCACAGCCUUUUCCAUGUAGACAUUUUUUCAUAUAUGGGACCAUUUUUGUCUGCCAAUAUUUUGAUACGUUAUGAUUAUAAAGUGCUGAAUCAGUCUUACUACUUGAUAGCCAUGCCCCAAAUAUGAAUAGUUGUGCAACAAAACUCACCAGUUUUGGUGUUUGUGUCUGUGUCUAGUGUUACUACUUUGUCAGUUGAUUGUAAACGGCUUUCCUACAGUCAACACAGGUAAUCUACCUAACAGUUAAUGAAUAUUGCUGAAUUAAGUAUCCACCUUCCAGUGAUAAAGUGAGGUAGCGGAUUAUGCUUUGCUCUUGACACUGAAAAAUUUAACAGCUUUAUAUCCUAUGAUAAUGUACAAAGAUAGUGAAAUUCUUCACUGCUGUUUUUAAAUCAGGCUUUUUUUGGGAAGUCAUAGGAGAUGAAGCUGCUUUAUUGGUCUUGACCAGAACUUUUUAAAUGAAUGGUGUCGGGCAGGAAGAUGAUAAUGAAAAUAUUUAUAACAAAAUUUCACUGUUUCCUGAAAUGCAGAGUUUCUAAUACCUGCCUCCUUUGUUUUUGUAACAAAAUAUUUCUUCCUUGUUUAAAAUUACAAGCCUAGUACAGCCUAUUUGUAAGUCUCACAGAGAUGAUACUGUGUUGGGCAAGAUUUUUAGGAUAGACUCCUGGGUGUUUUUACAAAUGUGCCAUAUUGGCACGUCUUAAAGAGAUACCUCAAACACAGAACUUUUUAUUUAGAAGGGUGACAGCUAAAUCUUCAUUAGAAUUGAUUUUUUAUUUUAAUCAGUAUGUAAAUUUUAUGAAGCUUGUUUCUAUGAGUAAUGUGGAAAAUUUUUAUAAAUGUAAACAUAUAUAUAUUUAUUUGUCUGAAAUAGUUUGUAGUUUUGAAGCAGGUUUCCACUGAAUUUAUGAUUCCGUAAAUGACCAGUUUGGGGUGUUUCUCUCUUUUACUUCAAUCAUAAACCUCAGGAGUAGUGACAAAAAUUUAGGAUUAAGAUUUUUAUUCUGUACUUUUUAAAAUUUUAAGAGCCAGGGAGUUACAUCAUGAAAGCCUUUAUAUAGCAAUGGAAAUUUUGUAUGAGUAAGCAUUUUCAAACACGUAUUAGCAGAUAUAAAUGUUUCUACAUUUUUAAUUUCACAAUGAUCAAUGUUACUUACUUUGCUUAGUACUUGGGUAUCCCUUAUGUCGAAUAGUUAAAUACUUACUGUUGUAGCAGCAUCAAAAGUCAACUGGUUAUCAUGGCACAGCACCAAAGAUUGUAAGUACCUCACUCUGGUGCAGGUAUAAAAUCUCAAAUUGGUGACCUACAGACGUGGCUGUAGGUGACGUCAUUAUGAUGAAAUCAGGUGAGUACACACAACCUCACAGGCUGGAAAGGUGUACUGAUUACUUCCUUCACCCAGCAUCCCUACCUGGCGUGACCUCAGUGAGACUGGGAGAGCCUCAUAACUCCUCUUAACAUACGCUUUCCAUGCUCAGAUUCUAGGGAAGAUACAUCCACGUCUGUAUCGUAGUAUUACAGCCAUGGAAGCUCUCACGCUUCUAGCUUUUCCGAAACAACUCAGUCCUGUGGCCUCCUUAGAAGUCCUUUUGUUUAAAUAGCUCAGUCAGCUGUUUGGAGAGAAACACAGAGCUCUAGGUUCUUAAGGGUAAUUUUUGCCUCUGCUGUAGUUGAUGUAUUUUGGGGAACUGGAUUUUAUGAAAAUAUAAUUCUUUGGUUAUCAGGAUGAAAUUAGUAAAAAUAAGUUUUUAAAAAAACUUUAAAAAAUGAUUAUAAAAUGCUAAUACAUGCAAAAAGAUGGUCUUACCCUAUUGAGUGUGUAACAUGAUUAAAAAUGAUCAUUGUAGUGACACAAUUAAUCCAGUUAUAUGUAAGUUUUACUUCUGUUAAUUUAGAGGUAAUAAAUUUGCUCAUCCAAUUUGUUUUCUGAAUGGUGACACAAUCAAUGACUCAGAGUCAUGUAAAAUUCAGCCUUCAUUAACCAAUAUAGUAUGCAAAUUAAAAGAUUUUAAUGCUCAGUAAUUUUUCCCCCCUGGAAAGCAUCUUGGAAUUAUUGAGUAAAUUUCCUAUAGCAUGAUAAUAGUUUAUGAAAGAUCUUGUCUGAAUAAAAGUCAUUUAUUUUUACUAAAGUAAUUGUCUUCUAAAGUGAUCUUGUUAUUAUUGUUGGGAUUGGAUGCAGAUCUCAAUAUUAUAGGAGAAAAUUAGUGGCAUUUCCUCUCAGGCAGUUUAUAGCAGAAGGAAAACUGAACUGAAUAGUAAAAAUCCAAAAGUUCUGGUCGUUCUAACUACCUGUGUGACCUUCAGCAAAGUCAUUGACCUUCUCUGGGCCUUGAUGUCUUUCAUCCAUAAAAUAUCGUACCAAAUUACCUCUGAGAUCCCUUCUAGCCCUGUAUUUACAACUCACUCUGCCAAAAAUUAUAUAGCCCUAGGUUGCCUUCAAUUAAACUAGAUUAAAGAGUUAUUAGUAAUAGUCUUGUUAAAUGCCACUGAGUCCUUUCCUGAGCAAACAUUUAUGGAGUGGCUGGCAUGGCAAACAGUGUGUUAAGUACCAGGGAUACAAAGAUAAUAAGACACAUUUGCUUCCCUGAAAAGAAUUCGCAGUUUCGUUGGUAGGAGAAACAGCAGAACUCAUCAUUACAUGUUAAGCACAGUACUUGUGUUUAUAGAAACACUGAGGGGUCCCUAACCUAGUCCAGAGAAGUUAGAAAAGGCUACCUAGAAAAAGUAUUACCUGAAGUGCAUUUUGAUAGAGGAUGAGUGGGAGUUACAGCAAUUCCAGACAGAAUGAGGGCUGUGAACAAAGCCCACAGUAGAAAAACGAGUGGGGGCAGGAGGGGAUGUCGAGAAUUACAAGCAUGUGUGAGGCAGGAAGUGGUAAGAAUUGAGACCACCACUCUAGGUUCUUAGGUCCCAGAGAAGGAAGGUUUAUGUUCCAUGUUUGGGAGCUUGGACUUUAUCUGUAAGGAAGAGACACCAUUAAGAGAGUUUUAAGGAAAGAGAUGAUUUGUUAGGGUUGGUUUCAUCCAUUUCAUAAUCCAAUUCUGCAGUUUUUAAAGGAUGAAAUUGCUCUCAUUAGAAGGCCACAUAGAAAGUAAUUUGAACCUUUUGUAUUCUAUUAUUUGGUCUCUUCAUCUAGACCCUCUUUUCUUUCUAAGAUCUGAUCAUUUCUAAAAAUUACAGCGACUGAAGUCUUCGAAAAAGCUCCUGUAGUCUUUAUCAGACCCGUUCCCAGAAUUAUAUGCGUAUGUACGCAAUUUGAAACGUGUUUGCUUUUAAUUUUAUUCUAGGUUAUUUUUGACUGACUUAAAAUAUAUUCUGUGCUAUAUUAGUAUUUUCAGUCCAAAUAAAUCAUUUAAAAUAUAUUUUUCAAUGCACAGACUGUCAUAAUUUGAUAAGGCUUCAAUAUUUUGUCUCUAUAUUAGGAAUAUUACGAAGCACAACUGCUUCACAGUCACAGAGACACAUAUCAGCUGGUCCACCAGAUGAGCCCUGUCGCUCUCCCUCAGAUAACCUGGCUCAGCAGGGAGUGCUCCAAGGACCCCAACUGAUGUUUGUACUGAGAUUCAGUUUUCCUGGGCAGAUGGCAUCCAAGAACGGUAGGGUUUUUUUAUGUCAGCUUGACGAUAAUUUCACUUGCAAAGCCCAGGGUCUUCAGACUACAUUUGUAUCCUCCCAAUUCCUCCAAAACUUUGCAGAGUGCCAGAGAAUUGGGUUGCCUCUCCCAGAAGCACAACGCAUGGUGCAUCCAGCCCUGCCCAGCCCUACUUCGCCUGUCCCACCAGUUAGGAAGAGUCUGGGGGACUAGGAGCAUUUUGCUGGCCCCGAGUCUCUAAGUUUCCUGCUUCUUGUAUCAUUUAUGGCAUCUGCUCUUGCCCUUGAGCAGCAAGAGUAGACUGUGCCAGUGCCUUAACUAAAUUCUGCCAGCCUAGAUUUUCACCAGAGGUAACAUCUCAUUAGUAAGAAUUAUUAAUAUGUGUAUCAAGGUAGCCAAUUUUCUGGAAUUGAUUUGUUUUUCAUCAAAGCUGUAUAAAAGAUCAAGCACCCACAAAUGCUUUAUGUGAUUUUUCACAAAAAUAAAUAAAAAUUCUUUGCUUUUAUAAUCACAUAAAAUGUCAUUUUUGUAAUGGAAAUGUUUUAACCUUCAGACUUCACACACCGAGAAAUUUUAAUAUUUAAACAUUGGCAAAACUGUGGUCUUUUUGAAUGUGAAAUCCAACACAGGCAGAAGGAUGUUGCAAUAAUGAUCUGGAACUAUGUUGUCAAUUUAGUCACAUGUGGCUAAUUAAACUUAGAUUGUUUAAGUGAAAAUGUAUUUCUUCAGUUGCACUAGCCACAUUUCAAGUGUCCAGUAGCCACAGGUGGCUAGUGGCUACUGUGUCACAGCACAGAUACAGAAAGAACAUUUCCAUCAUCACAGAAACUCCUACUGGACAGUACUAGAAUCUUCAGUUCUUGGUAAAAACUUUGACAGCUUGAUGAUCAAAAGUUUCUAACCCUGAGCUUUGCAUGCCUGAGAGCAAUAAGACAUAGCUUUUUUUUCUCCCCUCAGCUGACCAGAAAAGCUGUAUUUGGCACAUUUUGAAAGGCUAGUCUUCCAGCUACAGAAAUUGUACAACACGGUAGAUGUGUUAAGGAGAGCCAGCUUAAAAUUAAUCCUUUUUUCCUGCUGAAUUCCAUUAUAAGAUCAGGUCUGUGUUGCUAUAGCAGAAUCACAUUUGUGAAUAAAAAUCUUUUAAAACAAUUAUAAUUUGCAAACACUGUAGUUUACUUCUAGAGGUCUAAGAUAUUACUGCAGUAGCUUAGAUGGGACUGGAGAACUUACUUGGUUUAUAAAUUUCAUCAUAGAGAUUCCUUAGGAACUUUAUCAGUGAACGAUUUUUGUUAUGGUUAUCCUUUGGUAUGCAGAAAGUAUCUAUCAUGCAGAUUAUACAUUAUAUGUUUUGUUAUUGAAUGUUAGCUUUCAUAAAGGCAAUAAUAUAAUUUGUGUGCUAAGCAAGUCCUCUAAAAAAGGCAUGGGUUGACUUCUAAGAGACUUAACAACGUGCCUUAAGAAACUUCUGGUUUAUAAGGCCACCCACCCUGAGAUUUACCUGAGAUUUAUCCAGUACCAUCCCAUCUCUUCUAAAAAAUAACUGCCUCUAAGUAUGAAAAACUUGUGAAAUUCUAGUAAUGUGAUAUAAUUUCAUUGUUCCUCACUGACAUAGGUUUGCUUAUCUGUUAUUGAUAAAUUCUAUGGUUUCUCUUGAAGUAUUAGUAUAGUUUCUUAAUUAGCAAAUAAAAGUAAACUUACGCACAUGGAAAUCUAUCAGAAACGUUAGUGGGUGUUUAAUAAAUGAAUUGAUCAAAA